AUGAAGUUGUUUGUUGCCCUCGUCGCUGCGUCCGCUGCCGCCUCCAAGCAGUCCGUGAUCACCCUCUCGGCGGACGAGCGGUCCGUGCUCCGCGCCGAGCUCGCCGCGUGGCGCAAAGAGUUUGAGCCUGCCGCCGCGGCGCAGGGCGUGUUGCCCGAAGCCAUCAUGAGCAUGUCCCCUCAAGACGCCGAAGAGGACGCUCUCCAGCGGUUCUACGACAACAAGCUCGCGAUCGAAGAGGCUAGCCGCAACAACCCCGAUGCCACGUUUGACGACAAGAACCCGUUCGCACUCAUGACGCAAGAUGAGUUUAAAAAGUUCGUGGAGGGUGUGUCCCUUCAGGAAAGCCGCAAUGCAUUCCGCUCGGUCCCCGUGGCCAACUUGAACGUGAGCAACGUCAAGGCGGCGUCGAUGGACUGGACUACCGAUACGUGCAUCGGUCCUGUGCGCGACCAAGGUCGUUGCAGGUCGUGCUGGGCAUUUGCGGCCGUGGGUGCCGCCGAGAUGGCGCACUGCCUCGUGACGGGAGAAAGCCUCGACCUGUCCGAGCAGCAAGUCACGAGUUGCUCCACCGAGAGUGGCAGCGCGGGCUGCAAUGGCGGGUGGACGCACGCUGGCUUGACGUACGCGUCGACUACUGGGCUCUGCUUGGAGAGCGACUACCCAUACACGUCGGGCAGCACGAGACAAACCGGCACGUGCGACAGCAACUCGUGCACCAAGAAGAAGCUCCGCAUCGGCGCGACGGUCCGCACGUCGAGCGAGGCGGAGCUGGACACGGCGCUCAACACGCAGCCUGUGGCGGUAACAGUUGAAGCGGGCAACAUCGUUUGGAAAAAUUACCGCAGGGGUGUGAUCAGUCAAUGCCCUGGGUCGUACUCGGACCACGCCGUCGUCGCCGUGGGCUAUGACGAGGAGUCCUACAAGCUCCGCAACUCUUGGGGCGCCAACUGGGGCGAUGCUGGCUACAUCCGGCUCAAGCGCGGCGUGUACGGCAGAGGCACGUGCAAUAUCGCCGAAGACAUCAUAUUCCCCAAUAUCGAUGGCGUCACGCCCACCAACUCGCCGUCCACCACGACCAACCCUACCCCGACGCCUCCUCGUCCUGAAGCGUGCGGUGACUGCACUGGAUGUUUCUAUCCUUCCACGAACGAGUGUUUGUCCGCCGAUCACAACAAGGAAUACUGCGACAAAAACAGUGGUGCAUACGGCAUGGUUUGUGUGCGGCAACUGCUCUGGGUGUUUCUAUCCAUCCGCGAACCAGUGUUUGUCGGCCGUUUACAGCAGAGACUACUGCGACAGCAAAAGUGCUAA